AUGGAGCGUAAAAACGGGCGCGGGCCGGGGGAGGCCAAGGCCGGCCCACGACGAGCUUUAUUAUAUAUAAAAUAUACGACUCCGAGGACCGAGCGGGGCAGAAAAGCGAGCAUCUCCGGCGCGGAGGCCGGGUCAAACAAGGCCCCGGACGAGCUGGGAGGACGGGCGCGGAUGGGGGAAGCCCGGGCCCGCCCACAACGGAGGCCAGGGAAGGCUCUGGAUGAAAAGCAUUUGGAAAAGGUUUUAUAUGUGGAUGGCAGCGGGGCUUUAUCGACAACCACGUUUAGCACGGCUAUUACGGCUAUUACGGCUACUACGGCUACCAACCCGCCCGCCUGCAGCGCCAAUCUUUAUAUUUAUAUACAAAAUGUGCUAUGCUGGGAAGGGCCAUGGGCUGGGAAGGAGGCGGUUUGGGGGCCGGACGACACCAAACCCUAUGUACAAAAUGGGCCGGGCUGGGCCGGAACAAAGGACGGGAGGGCCAGCCGACACGAAGCUUUAUAUAUAAAAUGUAUUGUGCUGGGAGGGAAGCAGGCUGGGCCAGCCGACACCAAGUUCGAUGGACAAAAUAUGCUCCAGCCGACGCCAAAUUACAUGCAUAACGUGUGCGACCCCGGGACCGAACAGUGCAGAAAGGCGAGCAUUCGGCAUCCAGCCCACAGCGGAGGCCAGGGCCCGGAUGGGCCGGGAGGGUGGACGCGGACGGGGGAGGCCAGGGGCGGCCCGCCGCGGCGGCCAGGGCCUGAAUAUACCAACUUCAGCAUGUCAUAUUGA